AUGAAACAUUGUUGCACCCUAGAUGUCGCUGUGUGCUUCCCCGCGUGAAUAAAGCACGUUGCUCCUCCAGAUUCCCAUAAUGCCUCGUGUUUACCUCCGCUCUGACAGCAGCGAUACUGCUCGCUGGCUCUUCUAGUCUGCCGCUGGACCCCAGCCGUUCUCCAGCAGUGCUGCAUGCGCUGGAGCAUCACCGCACACCGAGGCGACCCCAGCGCAGCUCAGCAGCCGAGCACCGGAGACUGUCGCCGGCUCUGGAGUGUUUAUGUUCUCCGCGGUGGGCUUGGACACUUCCUCGCUCUUCAUCUGAGGGUGCCGUCACUGGGAGAUCGAGCGUCUGCUUAACACAUGAUGUUCAAGGACUACAGAUCUGCUCGAGCUGCAGAGUGUAGAUCUCACGGCAGAGAAAGGAUUUGUUGGCAAGAUCUCUGCUGCACACCUGAUAAGGCUGUCAGUGUCCCCACGAGAGGCUGCUUCUCAAUAAUAAGAGGUCUGAAUCCGCUGCCCUUUGACCCUGCCGCGAACAACGAACCUCUGCAAUUCAGCAGCUCCAAUGGUCCUCUGGUCUCUGACUGUCCUCUGGAAAACGGAACAGAAAACAGCAAAAAGAGGAAGAGACCCAACCUUCCUCCAGAGGGGCUCAGAAAUAUCGCCAUGGACUCCAACUCUUUAGCGAUGCCCAUAUCAGACCCUAAUGCUUGGGCGACUGCCAUGAACAACCUCGGGAUGUCCCCCAUGAGCAUGACUGGACAACCUAUCAUGUCAGAUUUUGACCCCAGCCUCGGCAUGAUGACUGGAAUUGCUCCGAUGAACCCCAUGAUGCCCGGCCUUGGGAUUGUGCCCCCGCCGGUUUCGCAAGACAUGCCCAUCGUGAAGGAAAUCAUCCACUGCAAGAGCUGCACUCUUUUUCCGCCCAAUCCCAACCUGCCUCCCCCUGCCACCAGAGAGAGACCGCCCGGCUGUAAGACGGUGUUUGUGGGCGGUUUACCAGAGAACGCCACAGAGCAGCUCAUUGUGGAGGUGUUCGAACAGUGCGGGAGUAUCAUCGCCAUCCGCAAGAGCAAGAAGAACUUCUGUCACAUCCGCUUCGCUGAGGAGCACACAGUGGACAAGGCCCUCUUCCUGUCAGGUUAUAGGAUCAGGCUGGGAUCAAGCACAGAUAAGAAGGACACAGGCCGGCUGCAUGUAGAUUUUGCUCAGGCUCGAGAUGACCUGUACGAGUGGGAGUGCAGACAGCGCAUGCUGGCCCGGGAAGAGAGGCACCGGCGCAGGAUAGAAGAGGACCGUCUGCGGCCCCCCUCGCCGCCCCCCAUCGUCCAUUUCUCUGAGCACGAGUGCAGCCAGUUAGGAGAAAAGCUCAAAGACGACUCUAAAUUUGCCGAGGCCGUGCGUGUCCUGCUGACCUGGGUGGAACGAGGGGAGGUAAACCGCAGAAACGCCAACAACAUCUAUUCCAUGAUCCAGUCCUCCAACAGCCACAUUCGCCGGCUGAUGAACGAGAAGGCCGCACAUGAGAAGGAGAUGGAGGAGGCCAAGGAGAAGUUCAAAAACGCCCUUGCUGGGAUUUUAGUACAAUUUGAGCAGAUUGUGUCUGUAUUCCACGCUGCUUCCAAACAAAAGGCAUGGGACCAUUUCUCCAAAGCCCAACGCAAGAACCUGGACAUGUGGCGAAAGCAAGCAGAGGAGAUCAGAAACAUCCACAACGAAGAGCUGAUGGGUAUUCGGAGGGAGGAGGAAAUGGAGAUGUCGGAUGAUGACAUGGAGGACGCCCUCCGUUCAUCGGACUUAAGAGACUCAGGGCCGCUGGCUCAGGUGGAGGCUCUGAAAGAAGAGAACGACAGUCUGCGGUGUCAGCUGGAUGCCUACAGGAAUGAGGUGGAGCUUUUGAAGCAGGAGCAGGGUAAAGCGCAGCCCCAGCGCAGCGAGGAGGACGCCACCCGCCAGCAGCAGCUCAGCUUCCUGCAGCAGGCUCUGCAGGGCAUGCAGAAGCAACUGCUCAAGCUUCGCGAGGAUCUGAAACAGAGAGAGACGGAGCUGGAGAAGAACUCGGAGGAAAAACAACAGCUCGAAAGCCAGAUCCAGAGUCUGAAAGAUCGGAUUCAAGCUUUCCCCACAUCACACGCUCUGCCCGUGAGUUACAGACGGCUCUCUGUCUGUGCUUGUGUUCUUUUAACUCUGUGUUCUGAGGCGGCGGCGGCCGUGGUGUCCUGCAGCCAGGAGAAGGAGAGCCUCCCGGAGAAAGGGCCUCCCAGCCCGGUGAAGUCAGAGAGAGAGGCCCUGCUCGUGGGAAUUAUCUCAACGUUUCUUCACGUCCAUCCUUUUGGGGCCAGCAUCGAAUAUAUCUGCUCCUAUUUACAACGGCUGGACACCAAGAUCAGCACCACAGAGGUGGAGACUCUUCUGGGUCGGCUGCCCUGCACGUUUAAGCAGGAGUUGACGGGCGUCGGGGCGAGUCUGGAGAAACGCUGGAAGUUCUGUGGGUUUGAGGGCAUUAAGAUGGCGUAGAGACACGGGUCGGGGUUCCCGCUAGAAAAACAAAAACGGCUGAUGGACCGGAGGGGUCACAACCAAUCACCUGCCAGCUCUCCGCGUCCAUCCGCCGCCCCUCUAGACACUCUAGACCUGGAGAUCCUCAAGACUAUGGUGUGUGUGUGUAGUAUGAUUUAGUAUGUGUACACACGAGCACACUUCGGCGUGUGUGUUUAUGUGCAGCACGUGAACGGACCGUACGCUUGUACAACACAACGGAAAACUCAUCGGGUAAAAAUCAGGGUUUGCUGAACCGAGGACUUGAACUGUCAACAUACAUGUUCUUGUUUCAC